AUGCAUUCCCACCUCCACACCCCAUACAACGCAAACUGCGAAGAAAUCAUGACCGCCCUGGACGAAUGCCACGCCCGAGGCUUCAUCCACAAAGCCCUGGGUGGAUGCAACGAUGUCAAGCGCGACGUGAACAAAUGUCUAGCGGCGGAGCGGUAUGCUCGCGCAAAGCGCAACCGGGAUGAGGCGAAGGAGAAGCGCAAGAAGAUUGAGCGUAUUUGGGCUGAGGAGAAGGCGCUUGCGGAGACGGGGUCGAUUUCUUCGUUGGCUUCUGCUUCUUCGGGUUCGAGCUCGGCGGAGAAAUAA